UUAUGUUUAUAUUGUUGUGUUUGUUUUGCUUUACUUUACUACUUUGUUUCGUUUGAAAGUUCCAGUUAGUUGUUGUUACCCAAACUAAAUUAAUUUAGACCUACAUUUUAUUUUUGUUAUUUUAUAAAAAAAGUAUCUGGUAUGACGGUUUAACCUGUGGUUUAACGUAGAUUAACUUACCAAUAUAAUAUGUCCGAAUGUGAAGAGCAGCAAAGUCUUUUGCAAAAAGAUUUGUCUUUAAAAGAGAGUGUAAACUUAAGGGGUAACCGUAACAAUGACAAAGACACUUUUAUCAAUAGAAAUAGAGACUUGCCUUACUCUGAUGAAGACUGGUCCGACACAGAUUCAAGCAGUUGUAGUUCAUAUUAUAGCGAUUGCAAUUCUAGCUCAAUUAUUGAAUGGGAAAAUGAAGUGACUCCCGAGGGUGAACUAUUUUACAUUGAGUCGUACUCCCAACCGAAAUAUCAUCAGAAACAGUUGACUUCACCAGAGGCCGCAUCAAAGGAUGAAAAUGCAACUGACUCUUCAGCCAAAGAAAAGAGGAAAAUCACAACUAAAGGAAAACUAGUUCGUUUGAUCAGAAGAAGAAGUAGCAGAAGGAGCACUCGAAAAAAACCUGAUAUUAAAAAUGUGGAAGACUCAGAAUCAAGCAAUAAGACAGGAAGUAAAGUCACGUUCAGAGAAUCUCAGGAAGGGGAGUGCCGAGAAGUGAUGCUGCGUGUGGUCGGGGACGGCAGUAGUCUCGGCCGUAGAGCCACCCUGUCCGAGACAUUGCUGGGACUGGUACUGACCACCCUGUCAGACCAGACCAGGAUCAUGGUAGCAGGGUUCAUCCCCAACAGCCAGGCCUCCAAGAAACGUAACAUCAAAGUCGGAGAUUGGCUCAAAAGUAUUAACGGGGAAGAAAUCGACAACAGUUCAUUGAAUGAUGUUUUGAAUAAAAUAACUCCUCCCUGCGAAGUGACACUGCAGUUACAAAGAGUCGCUGAAUGCGAUAUCACUCAAGUACCCGUCUCACAGCCAGAUAAGGUUACCGUCGAGCAGUCGCCGCUGGUGAAGCAAAUAGUGUCGGGUACGGUGGAGAGGGCGGGGGAGGAACUGCCGUUCUGGGUGGUGUAUGCAACACAGGAAGGGGUAACGGAGACCAGUCCAGCUGAUCAGGGGGUGGUUUACUGCUACCCCCGCCAAAACACGUUAGCAGCUGCUCGAGGAGUGUUCCUUACCAUAGCACAUAUGGCUGGACAACUCAUUCCGUCACCUGUCACUAGCACCACAAUAGUACACAAAGGUCAGCUGGCUCAUGUCAUUUACACUGCGGAGAAUAAGGAGCUGUUGUUGCUAGCCAUUCCAGACUCAAGGUGCUCAUUAAAGGAAGCUAUUUUGCUGAACACCGACAUUGUCCGAUGUUUAAAGUUUACCUAUCAAUCUUUAUCGAGAUGUUUUUCUCUCAAAGAACACCAUGCAGCCCUAGACAGAGUUUUCUCCCUGUUGCAAGCCCAGUUUCUCAGCUCUUCCUUGAUAAAUAUUCAAAGGUUUCUCGAUUUCUUGCCAGCGGCUCAUUUCAUAGCCUUGCCAAGAGACGCUCAGGUUCAAAUUGAUGAUGCCCUAAGUGAACUUGAGUCCAAUGAUUUUGGAGGAUAUAAUGAUGAAGACGACUGCCAGAGGCUAUACUCGAUCAUCGGCUCCUGUCUGUUUUAUAAGGGAUAUCUUCUAGCCUCUCAUUUCAACAGAGAAGACCUAGUGGAUGUGAAUGCUUGGUGUCGUCACAACGGACUUUUGUUACUUUCGCGAUCGGAAAGUGUUCGAAACCUUGUUAUGUGGAGAGAAGUUUUCCCGGCUUCAUGUAACAGAGGGCAGCCGGCUGUCACCCUCACAUACUUCCUACCACAGGGUCGCUGGUUCCUGCUGGUGGUUGGUCAGGAAGACUGUCUGUUGGCCUUACUGUUGGAAUCUGGAGGCUGCACGGUAAAGAUUGAAGGAAAUCCCGGGCCAGAGCCGGUAUAUGUUAAACAGGCUCAGGCAACUUUACAUCAUGUUCGAGAGAUCCAAGUUUUAUCCCUGGCUGACAAAUGGAUCCAAAAUCACUGCCGGCUUCCAACCAUGUGUCCGGAUUCACAAACCAAACCCUCACUCAACACUUCUGGUGAAAAUUCAACAAAUACUACUGCAGAGUUCUCACCAAAAUCUACACCAAGUCCAAGCACCUCUAAAAAACCACAAGAAGUGACUUCCAUCCUGAAGCACAGAAUUAGUCCAGAUGAUAGCCUUAGUACAGGUCGUGACAUGUACGAGACAUCAGAAGACUCGACAAGUCAGGCCGCGUCAAGUGUCGUAAGUGACGAAGCUGCUCCAAUACUUGGACGAAGGGCCGAGAGAGAACGAGCCACCGAUUCCAUCCUCUCCGACUCAGAUUUCUCCGACGACCUUGAUGAAUGGACGUCACUAAACAGUGGAGCUGGGAGUAGAUUAUUCGAUCUCUCGGAAAUUGGAAGGAAUCUACUGUCUGAUGUUGAAUAUUCCUUACCCAUGAGAUUGACCGCUGGAGAUCAGAACCCAUUGUUCUGCUACGUACACCUGGACUGCGCUGAGGGGGUGAUUCUCAGCAACCCUACGCUCACAGCGUCGGGACAACUGAGGCACAUUCUUCACAACUUCCGCACCCUGGCUCCCCUUAUACACGAGCUGCUACAGAAUACUGUGCGGUUUAAGAAGCUGAAAGUUCAAGAAGUAUCAGAGUGCUUGAUCAAUAAAACAUUGAUUGCUAACAAAGAACAUGCAAUGCUGUUUGAGUGUCCUCCCGCCAAAACUGACUCUGGGAAGAAGUCAAAACCACUCACUUAUUGGAUUGUAGGGCGGUUGUUUUUCAUGCCUCAGCCCCGAGAAGUUUACAUCUGUUUCCAAGACUCCUCGCCUCAGAAUAUGGUAGAAAUCGCCUGCAGACUAGCUUUGAGUGCUUCUGGUUGAGAAUACCCAAGUUGUAAAGAAUAAUCAACCACUUUAACUAAGCUAGCUCAACCCAAGGUUUCGAGCUGACUAAUAAGCCAGAUGGAUAUUAAAACCCAUCACCGAAUGUGUAAAUGACGUCCUCUCAACUUGUCAACGAAGCUGAGUGGUAAUAGUGCUUGCCCUCAAAUCUAAAGGUUGUAGGUUCAAUCCCGAGCAAAUUUUAUUUUGGACCCAGAUGUAAUUUCUCAUUGGACAAUCAAUAAAUGAUGCUAUCUAAUAUCUAACUAAACGUCAACGAUAAAUUGUACUUUUUACAUUUUUUUGAUGUCCCACCUUCACAUUCUAGGACGAUAGUUCUAGCUCAGAACUGUUUUACACAUUACUUCAGGGUAUACCUUGGGGUUGCGGCAUUAUCACAUUGAUAAAAUCCAUUGGUGAUUGGCAGGAUUUGAACCUAGGACCUCGUGGACUGAAGCCCGUGCUUUACUACUAGACCAUUGAAGUCAAUAGUAGUAAUCGUUAAAUAGUAUCAAGGCCAUCCGACUCUGAAAAAAAGUUAGAAAGUAGCAGCUGCAUAGAAAUAAUAAAAAUUAAGGCUUAUGUAUGUGCUCUCAACCUUUUGGCAUAAUUAUGUACAACACAAAUUAUUAAAUUGAGAAUGUAAAAUCAGCUAUUAUCGCAGUAAGGAUGGAUAUUCAAAUUCAAAUUAUCUUUAUUUACAUCGCAAAAACUGUUGAUGUCAACACCAUCCUUCUUUUACUCUUUUCCAAAGAACCGUAAUAAUUUUUCAUUAAAGGAAAUAUUUUGCAUUUAGUAUAUGUACCAGGUACCUGUUAAUAGUCCGUCCAUAGUAUAAGGCUCAACACUAUAAUUUUAUUCUCUUGUUUAUGUUUAUUUAUAAUAAUGGUUUUAUAUAAGAGUUUUAAAUUUUGUAUAAAUGUUUUUAUAAACUAGUUGGUGCUGUCCGAUUCAAGGACGUUUAUAACUAGUUGUGGAACCUUGUUUAGAUAUAUUUUUUAAUUUGUUAUGGUAACAAUAAGAGCCAUCGAAAUAGCUUUAAUAUAGAGGCCUUAAUAUUUCUUAAAAUAAUACGUUUUGCCUAACAUUUAAGAUUUAUCUUAAAAAUAAAAUUGUUAUUAAAUGUGAUAUCAUAAACGAUGUUACUUGUGUAUAUUAUUAAUAUUGAUGUGAUAGAGACUGCGUGGAUAAAUUGUAGAAGUGCGUUGGUCAAUAAAUUAACUAACAACGCAACAGUGUAGAUACAACUUGCCUUUAAAGAUUAUCUUUGAGAA